AAGUUUCUUCCGCCCAGCGCCACUCACCUAUUAUUUAGGCUUCUCGUUUGUUGAUAUUCUACUUAGUUAACUCCCCCCCUAGAGCACCACUUCACAAUGGCUGCAAACGCAAAGGUUCCCAGGAACUUCAGGCUUCUAGAGGAGCUUGAAAAGGGCGAGAAGGGCUUGGGAGCAGAGGCGUGCUCUUAUGGUCUCGCGGAUGGCGAGGACAUGAUGAUGAGCAACUGGAACGGAACCGUCCUUGGCCCCCCUCACAGCGUCCACGAAAACAGGAUAUACAGUCUUAACAUUCAUUGCGGUCCCGAGUAUCCCGAUCAACCUCCGACUCUACAAUUCAUCUCGCGCGUCAACCUCCCUUGUGUCGAUGCACACUCUGGCAAGGUUGACCCCUCCAAGCUGCCCUGUCUUGCCCAGUGGAAGCGCGAUUAUACUAUGGAGACAGUUUUGAUUGAACUUCGAAGGUACAUGGCUUUACCGCAACAUAAAAAGCUUCCUCAGCCUCCUGAGGGUUCGACUUUUUAA